UACAUGGGCCAACAGAAUCUAUCAUUGCUGACUGAAUUCAUUCUGAUGGGAGUCACAAGGCAGCCUGAGCUUCAGGCUCCCCUUUUUGGAAUCUUCCUCAUCAUCUACACCAUCACAGUGGUGGGAAAUCUGGGCAUGAUCAUCUUGACCCAAAUGGAUUCCCACCUACACACCCCUAUGUACUUUUUUAUCAAACACCUUGCUUUCAUUGAUCUUGGUAAUUCUACAGUCAUUUGUCCCAAGAUGCUUGUAAAUUUUGUUGUGGAUCCAAAUACCAUUUCCUAUUAUGCAUGUGCCACACAGUUAUUCUUCCUUAUGUUCAUCAUCAGUGAAUUUUUUAUCUUGGCAGCCAUGGCCUGUGACCGUUUUGUGGCCAUCUGUAACCCCCUUCUCUACAAUGUCAUCAUGUCCCAAAGACUUUGCCAUAUGCUGGUAGGCAUUCCAUACCUCUAUGGUACUUUUCAGGCACUAAUGUUCACUAUUAAGAUUUUUACAUUGACCUUCUGUGGCUCUAAUGUCAUCAGUCAUUUCUAUUGUGAUGAUGUUCCCUUGGUACUUAUGCUCUGCUCAAAUGCACAAGAAAUAGAAUUGUCGACCAUAUUAUUUUCAGCAUUUAAUUUGAUCUCUUCCCUCUUGGUCAUCCUAGUGUCCUACCUAUUGAUCCUGAUAGCCAUAUUUCGAAUGCAUUCUACAAAGGGCAGGAAAAAAGCUUUCUCUACAUGUGGUUCUCAUCUGACAGUUGUGGUUGUGUUCUAUGGGUCUCUAUUAUUUAUGUACAUGCAGCCCAAAUCCACUCACUCCUUUGAUACUGAUAAAAUGGCCUCUGUGUUUUACACUUUAGUAAUCCCUAUGCUUAACCCCUUGAUCUAUAGCUUAAGGAACAAAGAAGUAAAAAAUGCCUUCUACAGGGUCUUUAAGAAUCAAUGCAAGCUUUGUAUCUAA